AUGGCAACGUGUACGGGGAUCGAAGCCCAUUGUUCAUUGCUCUCGACGUUUGCCUACAUGGCCUACUCUUCCUCCAGUGCAUCCCACUUCCGGGCAGUGAGAGCUCGGCUCGUUCGACUGGUGGGUAGUCCGGCAAUUGACAUAAACGACCACGCGGCAAUUAAGAAGUUGCAGGCUGCUCUCGAAAGAGAGGCACAGAGACAGGCGGAUCUUCACGAAAAAGAGCUUGCAGCACGCGAACGCCAGCGAGUUCGAGGUCUCAUUAACCAAGGGAUUCUCGACACCAAAAUACUGCAGGAGACGAGCAAAAGGAAAAAGGAAGCCUAA